GGUUCGUGCAGUACGUCGAGUCCUCGGCGGUGGCCGAGGUGCUCAGCACCGAGGGCAGCAUCCUCAACUUCUUCCGCAAGCACCACCCGUCGGAGGCGGGGCCGUACGGCGUCAGCGCCGACGUCAUGGACACCUACAUCCGCAGCUGCGCCGGCUACUGCGUCAUCACGUACCUGCUGGGCGUCGGGGACCGACAUCUGGACAACCUGCUGCUCACCAAGGACGGCAACCUGUUCCACGUUGACUUCGGCUACAUCCUGGGCCGCGACCCCAAGCCGCUGCCGCCGCCCAUGAAGCUCAGCAAGGAGAUGGUGGAGGCGAUGGGCGGUGUCAACUCGGAGCACUACCAGACGUUCCGCAAGCAGUGCUACACCGCCUUCCUCCACCUCAGGAGGCACGCGGACGUCAUCCUGCACCUGUUCUCGCUGAUGGUGGACGCCAACAUCCCCGACAUCGCCCUGGAGCCGGACAAGACGGUGCGCAAGGUGCAGGACAAGUUCAGGCUCGACCUCUCGGACGAGGAGGCGGUCGGCUACAUGCAGAACAUGAUCGACGUGUCGGUGACGGCCGUGAUGGCCGCCCUCGUCGAACAGCUGCACAAGUUCGCCCAGUACUGGCGGCGGUAGGCGGACCUGCCGCGCUGGCGCGCGCGCGCGCGCAGCCGGCGCCAUGUGAUAUGUGAGACCACGC